GAAGCUCGCAAAUCUAGCGCCAGUUGUCUUGACGGCCCCGAGUACAAACAAAACAAAAACGGCCAAUCUUCUCGGGGAGCGGGUGUUGUUCGGAACAGCAACCAACAAACUGUCCUUCGAAACUCCACCCUUGACCGUGCGCGCCUCCGGAAGCGGCCUCGAUGUCUGCUAGUUGAGUUCGGUGUCGCAAGAGUGUGAAUAUUCCGCAAUCAGGCGAAAAAUCAUGACCGCAGAGGUGAAGGGCGCCGAGCUGAGGAAAAAACCACCGAAAGACGCCCAGUGCGAUAGUGACGAGUCGUUGGACGAGUUUUUGGACCAUGAGCUGUUGUGCUUCCUGCAGGACGACGGAGCGAACGGGGAUACGGUGAAUGUGGUCGAUUUGGACAGAGAGUUCUUCCUGCACGAGCUGGAAAGCGCAGACAAUGAUACCGACGGUAGAAGUGUGGAUGAAAUUCUACUCGAAGCUGAACUGCUGAUGCACAAGCAACAACCCAUCUUCGCCGCCGCCGACUGCGACGAAAAGAUCCGUGCGUCCCGUGUUCGUGCCCCGCAGGAGAACGCACCGUGCGAGGCAGCAACGGUGGUAAAAUUGUUGAACGGGCUGCUGAAGGGCUCGGAGCAGCGAAUGUCCGGUGCAGAGCGAAAAGAUCGCGUUGCUGGCGAACGCCACCGCGAACGGCCAAAGAACUCCAACCUGCCAACAGAGUCAAUACCCGAUGCCAUCAAUAAUGAAUGCAAUCCGCUGAAGAACUCAUCAGCGAUCGUCGUUGCAAACGGUCCAACCACAGUCGAAGCAGCAGAAGAAGAGACCGAAAGCGAACCCGUGUCCCACCAAGGUGUGGCCAAUUUCCGACCAGUUCGGAAUACAAAAAAAGAAAGCACCCUUUUGUGUCCGACGUCCGGCCGGAGUACGGAUCCGGAUCUGAUACACCUCGCUCAACCGACUGUGGCCAGUUGCCUAUCCAAUCAACAAACCAAGCUGAAUAACAACGGCGGGGAAGGGAAAAUGGAGCAACACGAGCUACGACGGACGGUCCUGAGGAGGAUUUGUGCAAACUGCUCGCAAAGUGACGACCGGGUGCAGCCUGUAAUGUGCAACAAGUCCACACAACCUUCCCCAACGAGCGACGGUACGGCUGAGGAGGAGGAGCAGCACCCGACGGAUGAUGGGCCGGAGCGGUUGGCCCGGUGGUCGCAGGAGUGUCUGCUGGAGAGUAAAAUCACUGACCUACAGGAACGCUUGAAGGAUACCGAGGAGCGCUACCAGAGCCUCAAGCUGCAGUACGAAACGCUGUCGCAGGUGCACAGAACGCUGCGCGAGAACUACAACGCGAUGCAGGAGGAAAGUGAAAAGAUGCAGUUCGACAUUCAGCAUCUCACAAAGUGUGCCAGUGUGCUCCGUACGGAACUGCAAUCGGCACGUUCGGAUCGCGAUUCGGCGAUCGAACUACAGAAAAUAUUGCAGUCCGAGCUGGAUGAAUCGCGCAAGGAAAAGAAACGGCUGCAGGAUUCAAGUGAAAAGGAUACCAAAACCAUACAGGACCUGCAGCGCCAGUGCCGUGAGAUGGAGCGAAUAUUAAUGCGCAAGAAUCCAGACUCAAUUUCAGCACUAAUCGUGGCCAGCAAAUCGUCAACAGCGAAGGCAGAUGCCGACAGUUCGUCCACUUGCAAGCUGCUGGAGCAACGCAUCGCUCAGCUGGAGGCGGACGCCAGGAAGCAGGAUGCCAAGGCGCAGGGUAUACUGGCCGAUGUGCAGGCGCGCUUUAACUCGGUGCAGGCAAAGUACGAAACGCACAUCGCCGAUUUGGAGAUGCAGGUGCUGAGCCUGCAGGAGAUCAACUCCAAGCUGAAUGAAAAGAUUAUCCGCCAGAUGGAGGAGCUGGCUAGCUUCAACAGUCAGGCGGUCGUGGCCGACGCCGCCGACAGCGGGUCGAAAAAUGUCAUAGCCAGCUGCACACAAACCGACGAAAAGCAUCCCGAACAGAGGGACUGCACACGAACGCGCUCCGUGCUGGUGCAAACGGAUGUGGAGCAUUCGCAAGUAUCACGAUCUCAACAGCAGCAAACUGCACUAGCGAAACGCGCCCAAACGCAAGGGAAAGAAGAUGCCCAUCUGCUCGCCACCAUUCGUGGCAUGCGCGUCGAUUUGGCCAUCAAGGAGAAGGCGGUCCAACGACUUACGCGCGAGGUGGACGAGUGCAAGAAGACGAUCAAAAAGAUACAGAAAAAGAAGGAAGGACCGGCGAUUCGAAGCGAUUCCGGUCGGUCGCCGGUUAAGGUACGCAACAAGGUGUCGGAGAAUGCCGAUCCCGAAGCCAUCAUCUCGCUGCGUGAUAUGCAGGCGAAAAUAAAAAACCUCGAAAUGGAUUACAAGGCGCUGCAGGAAAAGCGUUUGCUAGAUCUCAAAACACUCCAAGCGGCGCACGAAAAAGAGCUGGCGUCUUGCCACGAGUCCAUACGUAUUUUGCAGCAACGGUUAGCCGAAAGCGAGGAGGAGAGAGUGCACCGGAAGGACAAACAACGUCCCAACCAUAACAAUGAUUACUAUGGACUCAAGGCAAAGGUAGCGUAUUUAGAACGACGCCACACCGAACGUGAGCAACGGCUCCUUAUGUUGGUAGAAGCACUGAGCAAAUGAGCUAUUUAACCCUUACAAAAACACGAACAUUUGUUAAUACUACGGGCAGUGGCAUCGUGCACUAAGUGUCAACAGAACGUUGGAAUCUGUUAAUCUACAAUCUACAGAUUUAUGAACAUUUUACAGUUAAGUCUCUUGAUGUUGAUGAUCUCAUUGAAAAACAUCAACGGAGAUAGUUAUUACUUUAUAGCUCUUCGGCUAACCCUACGUUGCUCCUUUUCUCUACAACUUGUGCAAUCACAUACUUUCUCAAUGUUUAAUUUAUUUAUCCAGAUUAUUCAACAGCUAUCGUACAUUUCGUGUCGGUACGAGAAUAUGUGAUCUCAUUUUAUUAGCAAUGCGUGAAAAAAGAAUACGUCAAUAUAGAUUGCCUAGUUGUUUAUACGAAAAGCUUAUUCAUCCCGAAAUGCUAGAAAUUGGGUUACAAGUAAAUUACUAGUCAGAGGUAACAUUAUUACAAAAUAGCAAUUGGCAACAAAUACAAGGUAGCAGGAAACCAUGUAGAUUUUAAAAAUUCAUAAAUUAGUUUGGAGUUAUUUUUCCUUUUUGCAAAUCAUAGUUUCUAGUGUUCGUGUUAGAGUAUUUCUUCUAGACGCUACUCUUGCGCUAUAAUGCAAACAAUUUAUUUUGCAUACUUUUAUUCCGCCCAAGAACGCGAUGAGGCUUCUUUUAAAGAAAAAUAUCAUCUAUUUCAAAGAAAAAUUAUCUCAAAAUCUAUCAACAAAACUGAGUCAACCGUCUACGUCAAUCGUAUAAAACACGAUUUUAUACUGCAGCUGUGUUACUGAUAAAAUUGAUAUUUAUUUAAAAAGAAACGGAAAAAGGGCAUGUUUUAUCCAUGAAAAUAAAACUACUGUUUGUUU